AUGCUGAUUUGCAAUUUAAUUUUUCAGCCUAAAAUACAGACUGUGAUGAAAGAGGCAAGUAAAUCGUGUUCCGAUUUGGACCAACAGGUUGCUUGCAAGAUGGAGGAGGAUGACGAGUGUUUCAGCCCUGGUCACUUGAUCUACAGUCUCCGUCAACAGCUAAUUGAAAAGGACAAUGCAAUCAAACGAUUGGGCAGUGAAUAUGACCACAACUUGUCGAAGGUGCUGUCCAGCCUUCUUUUCCUAGAGGAUAUCCAAUCUCGUAUGGACUCUAAUGGUAUCAAUCAAUCUUUGCAGGAGAACUGCGUGCCAUCAACAGAGACGCCUGCCCUGCGUACCCAACCAGGCAGGAAAUAUUUUACUACUUCUGAGCUAUCCCUCUCAUCGUCCAGUCUAAACCAGAGCAACGAAGGGGGAAACAUCUUUCGCAACCUUAGCAAACCCCUGCGGGAAAAGUUCUCCCGUAACAAAAGCAAUGUGGACCUUCGCAGCUUUAAGCGAAUAAAUGGGGAUGAGCUGUGUUAUCGCAGCAUGGAGAACAUUCCGCAGGUUGUGCGUCGUGAAAAGAAACCACGGGAUAAAGAACGCUGUAUGAGUAUUGCUGGUUACCCAAAUUAUGAAGAUUUUCAAAACGACCCCGAACUUACGGCCUUUAUGAAACAGAUUCAGUUUGACAACAACCCUCCCUCUAACCCCUCCCUUCCAACUGUUGACUGUCAAUCAUUGUCUUCAACCCUGCCAAACUCCUUGUCAAUAUCGUCAUCCACCAGUCUUAGAAACAGAACAGAUGAUUUGUUAUCUGCUAAUAUUCACCACACAAAAGAGAGCAGUCGAUCGCUGUCCAACUUGCAGUUUUCAAAAAGCAAAUCAGAUCUCCCACAAAAAAAGGCAGCUCCAGCUGAGAUUAGUGCACCCACGACGACAACAGUUCACCAUAGCGAAAGCAGCAACCCUUUCAAGCUAAUUCGUGAUACUUUGAAACGGAAGGGAAGCAAGCAGGUGAAAAACAAAAAGCAGUCAUUCUCACUGUUACAAAACUCUAACCAAGAUUUGAUGAAAUCAUUGAAAUUCUAUGAACCACAUGGAAAGUCUUAG